AGAGCAUGUUCCCUUAGAAGUGCGCGCUGUAGCCUGCAAUUCACAUUCACAGGUUUAUUGAAUAACAAUAUCUCCGUGGAGCCACCAAGGACGCAGCCUUUGAAUCGAGCUAUUUGAAUACAGCUUGUUUUUUUUUAAAUGUGGGCUGCUUUCGAAUGUGUUCCCCCCCUCUCAAUGGAUGAGAUCAGGGACAAUAAGUUGGAACUUGCGGGAGAGUCCUUUGCGUAAAAGGCCCGAGUCUGAAUCAUGUAUUGCGCAGAAUCUCUGCUCCCUUACGACUAAUUUACGGGAGAGAGGCGCAUCUCCAUCUCACAGAAUGAGAGUCGCGCGCUGAAUGUUACUGCAUGGUGUUUGGGCAGGGGUUACCAAACUUGCGUAAACAUCCCGUUUCUACACAAGUAUUGAUUUCUUGUCAUAAGUAGGUGAUUGGUACAAUGUCAGCCAUAAGGAGGAAAUUUGGGGAGGAUUACCAGGUGGUAAACACCAACCAAAGCGUUACUUUUUCCGCACCGGUCAAGAGAAAGAGGCAGCGGUUUGUGGAGAAGAACGGCCGCUGCAAUGUCCAGCACGGUAACCUUGGCGGGGAGACGAGCCGAUACAUCUCCGAUCUCUUCACCACGCUGGUGGAUCUCAAGUGGCGCUGGAACCUACUCAUUUUCAUCCUCACUUAUACAGUUGCGUGGCUGGUGAUGGCUUCUAUGUGGUGGGUCAUAGCCUACAUCCGUGGCGACCUGAGCCACGGCGGCCACGAAGAAUCAUACACCCCGUGCGUCGCCAACGUGUACAACUUUCCCUCCGCUUUCCUCUUUUUCAUCGAGACGGAGGCGACCAUCGGCUACGGCCACCGCUACAUCACAGAGAAGUGCCCGGAAGGUAUCAUCCUCUUCCUCUUCCAGUCGCUGCUUGGCUCCAUCGUGGACGCCUUCCUCAUCGGCUGCAUGUUCAUCAAGAUGUCGCAGCCGAAGAAGCGCGCGGAGACGCUUAUGUUCAGCCAGGACGCGGUCAUUUCGCAGCGGGACGGGAAGUUGUGCCUCAUGUUCCGAGUGGGGAACCUGCGGAACAGCCAUAUGGUGUCCGCGCAGAUCAGGUGCAAAGUCAUCAAGUCUCGGCAGACACCAGAGGGCGAAUUCCUUCCCCUGGACCAGUGCGAGCUGGACGUGGGUUUUGGGACGGGGGCGGACCAGCUCUUUUUGGUGUCGCCUCUAACCAUCUGCCACGAGAUCAACACCAAGAGCCCCUUCUUCGAUCUGUCGCAGCGCUCACUCAUGAAUGAGCAGUUUGAGAUUGUUGUCAUCCUAGAGGGCAUCGUGGAGACCACUGGUAUGACAUGCCAGGCAAGGACAUCUUACACCGAAGAUGAAGUCUUGUGGGGCCAUCGUUUCCUCCCCGUCAUGUCACUGGAGGAGGGCUUCUUCAGAGUCGACUACUCCCAGUUCCACAACACCUUUGAGGUCCCUACGCCUCCCUACAGCGUCAAAGAGCAGGAGGAGAAGUCCUCCUUGACAUCGCCCCACCCACUGCCUGUUGCACACACGCCCUCCUCCCCUCCGAUGGGGAAUGGCGGCCGUGGAGGCCGCAGAGAAAGGCUCUUGUCAGCUGAUUAUGCGGACCACAUAGAGGACCAAGCCUCCAGGUUGCCCAACAAACUCCAGCGCAUGAGCUCUACACGGGAGGAGUACCUCUGGAGGGGGCUGAAGACAGGGCCAGCCUUGCCUGGAGGGAAGGCCUCCAGCACAGGAGACCUUCCGCUUAGUAUUCAGAGGCUAAGGUCCAGCUCCAUCCCAGCUGCGAUGCAAGGACAGCCGGAGGAGCAGGUCCAGCUGUUGUCCUUGGAUGGAGAUGCUGAGGAGGGUGAGCUGGAGAAAUCCAGACUGCCAGCAGCCAUUAGCACUAUUACUGCUCCAACACCAGUCCAGAUCCCACUGGUAGGGAGUCGGCCAGAGGACAACCUGCCCCCUAAACUGCGCAGAAUGAAUGCUGACCGCUGACAUCUGCAGUCUACCCUUGAGACUAAAAACAUUAUGAAAAUUUAAUCAAGCUUGAUGGGCAUUGCAUAUAAAUAAAGACUACUGUGAUAUAAUUUAUAUUUUUUUCCUGCAGAUAUGUCCAGUAUUUUACAUUUAUUUAUGGGCUCUCAACUAAGUUGUCCAUAGCCACAAAUAGAAGGACCAGACCAAUAAGCCAUCCAUCCGCUCAUACUGUGAGUCAUUUUUGAUAGAUCACCAUCUGUCCCCCCCACUGACUUCACUUCUGCCCUUGUGCUUGUUUCUUUCACUUCUUUACAAAGAGUUGCAUUAAAGUCUUUAUUAUUUCAACCACACAUUUUUAAUCAAACAAGUUAAUCAAGUUUUUAGUGUCAGAAUAUGAAUAAGACUCACCUGAAUGGAUUGUUCACUAAACCCUCCCCCAUAUAGUGAUUGUCCAAUCAUAGCUUAGAACUGUAACUAGGCAACACAGGUCUGUCAAGCUUUGGAUUUCGCUGCAUGCCUUGAGUGGUAUAAAUGGGGCUGUAGGAAGGCUAAAGACCCACUGGAAGCUCUGCAGAAAUACAAUGCUGGGGUGGGUCAGGAGGUUUCGUGUUUACCUUCUUUGGAGUCGUGUGUGGAGAACAAGAUCACUAUUGCACUUUCUGGGAUCCCUCUUUUCCAUGUCUCUGGCCUCCAGGAUUACAGAUCCAAACAAUGAAGUGCUGCUUGGCACAGCGUCACGCAAAUUGCAGGAUAAAAUGCAGGUUGCAUGUUUCCACAAUCUUUGCUAAUACACAAGUUACUCACUCCCCCACCACGACGAGUGAGAAGUGUCAGAUGCGAUGUUGAGCAAUCUGUUUGCUUCCAGUGGGUCUUCUCCCUAAGAAUGAAACAAAGGUUUUGAUGUUGGUGUCUUUUAUUCAAAAACACAAGCAAAAGUGUGAGGAAUGGGUUAUAUUGUGUGUUCAUAUGCUCUAAAGUAAGCUAUAAACUUUAACAUGUCUAGCUAACAAGCUAACUACCAACAGUAGCCUACUAACUGGUCAAUAGUUUCCACUGCGCAUGGAAGCUAAUCCCGGAAGCUAUUUGAGUAUAGGCUAACAUUAGCGGCUCUGUCCUGCCCUUUAUGUGAAAAAGUUUACACUCCACCAAUCCCCUGCCAACAUUACCUGAGAUAGUGUUAUGUUGGUUAGUGCUCAUCCUAAAAGCCUCAUCCAAAAAAGUGAAAACAUAACCUAAGCAAAACACGGCUAUGUAACAAAAUAACACUCUCAUCUUACAUUUUUCUUUAAAACUUCAGGUACUAGACUAAGAAGCUGUACAAUGGAACACAAGCACAAUGCUGUUUCUUUAUUGUCUUCUACAUGGAUUAGUAAGGGUGUGUAUCUAUGUUCCCAGGGUCUUAUGUUCCCAGGAUCCAUACCACUAACCCCUAAACCUAACACUGGGGAACACUGGACCUUGGGAACAUAGGAAUGACCCCGAUCAUCAACUGGUGAGGAUGCUGACAUUUUAUGUAAAAAGUCAGCAUUAGCUUUAGCCUCAGUAUUUUCGCACAAUAUCAUGUAUGUAGCCAUCAAGUGCAUAUUUAAGACUCCUUUUAAAUACAGGCUGCUAGAAACAUAAAAAAAUCAACUGGAGACAGAGUUUUCAGCUAACUCAUGUAGCUAAUGUUAGCUUAAUUAGCUAGCUAAAUCUUUCAUUAUUUCAUUUAACCUUUAUUUUAACAGGAAAGUCCCAUUAGCUGCGUUUCUGCGAACUAAAAGGUUCUUUCAGCCCACUGUUGUAUGCGUUUCCACCGUGGUCUAAAGACCUGCGAAGAUUAGGCAAAUUAACCAGCUGACGGAUACGCCGUACAAAGCGAUGGACAGGCAUCAUUAUUUAGUAACCGCUAUCCAUGACCAAAAUUUAUAAACUAACAUCAGAUUUGACUGGAAUUUUUUGUGGGGGAGUAUAAUAUAAAGAGACACACGAUAAAGUUUGUUACAAAUUUAAUAACAAACUGGAUAAAGUCAUGAAGUUCAUAAAAUAACACCAACACAGAGAAAAAAACACAAACAUAAAAUUGCGACAGUUUGGAAGGUUAUUAAAACAUUUUCAGACAAUGAGCUGUAUAUCAGCUGGCAUGACUCACGUGUGUGUCCACCUGUGCGUCGGAGGAACGUGAUUUUUUAAGGAGCUUUACCUGUUGUAAUCAGAUGUUCUGUUUGUUUUGGAGAAGAGGAGGCCGACUUGUAGAAACUUCCUGACUGAUGAGUAUUUAGCGUAACUCUAUCUGAUGUUAGCUGUAAACACACCGCUGCAUACUGGCUGUUAUUUCCAAGCAAUAAAUUUAAUGCUGAUGUACAAUCUCAGGCGGACAUGUGUGUGCGCUAUUGACAGUUGAUUGUGAUUUAUUGGUUUGCAAAGAAAGGUGGAAAAGAGGAGCCGUAGUGCAAAAACAGCCGACAUGCUCGAUUUAAAGCAAGUAGCCUCUACUCGCCCAUUCAGAAAUUCACUGCAAGGCAAGCCCCACCCACCCCAAAGUACCUGUACCCUUGGAAAGUACUACCCCCCGAGUAGGGACUUUUGGGGGGGUAAAAUAAAGACCCUGGAAUAAAAUUUAGACCCUGGUCUAGUUCCUAGGUUCCUAGUUCCGGGGUAUAGAUCCUUUGGUGGAAACGCAGCUAUUGAUGCACGGCCAUUGUAGUCUCAUUUACAAGGGAAGUCCUGUGUAGCCUACAGCUGGCUAGAAAUGAGAAACCUGCAUUUGUCUACCUCUGUGUGAAAUCAAGCACCCAUUGUUUUUAAAAAUAACUAAGAAAUCUGAGUGUUAAAUCUGCCACUGUUACUACUGUAAACUGUGUAUGUGACAUGCACACUGCAUAUGUGACGAAUGAAAGCUUGACAGGCAGCAACAGUUACUGAGGGGGACAGGGCUUAGUGAACUGUCAAUUCAUAAAAACCCUGAUACACAAAUCAUUUAUGUAUCACUUGUACCGAAUAUGUGUUUAUUUGAAUACUCAUUUGAGAUGUAUCUUUACUACUAUACAAUUUUAACUAUUUUUACUUCUUAGCGUAGUGUUUACAUUGGCCCGGUACCGCAUGGGUAACAAAAUGUAAUCACAUCAAUUUUGGGCUAGCCUACAGACUUUAUUUCAUCAUCACUGAUUUACUAAAAUGUAAAACAAUACUUGGGAAUGCAGGGAUGCUGACAUCAGGGGACACAUGUAUUAUUGCUAAUAUGAAGGAAAGAUAAAACUUCACAUUGCUGAAUAAUAAAUUAUUUGAAAUCACA